AUGUCAGCGAUGCCUACUGUUCACCAAUUGCCAUCUUUCACGGACACCGCCUCAUAUUUGGCAAACAGCCGAUUUCAAUGUAUUUGGUAUUUACCUCACAAAAAGAGAUCCUGUUUGGUUAAGAUCACGCCAAAAGAUAACCAAAGAGCGCUUCAGCGGGUGAAAGGUGUUUGGGAAUCAUGCCUCGCGGCGACAUCAACGCUUCAAGACUUGGCGGCAAUUGCUGAGGAUUGUUGCUGCGCUCGCCACCACCGUAAUAAAAUAUGGGGAAGCGGUCUAGCACAUGAAUUGGCCAAUCGAUGGCAAAAUGAGAUACGAAACGCCUCAGGUCUUACGACUCACGGAAGAAACCUAAGCGUGAAGACGGAGGACUCGAAAACGUCAGUUCACAUCGCGUUCGUCAAACAUCAGGUUCUAGAAGAGGAAACAUUGCUCUCAAAACUGCAAUCAGUUGUUGAUACUCGGGCAAGAAAAACUGGAUCUUUGUAUUUUUACACCCAUGCAGACGAUGCCUUCGAUGGCAUGAUCAAGAUAGGGUACACCAGCCGGGAGAUAGAAACUCGACUGCUUGAAUGGAAUGAAUGUGGCAAUGGUCAUCCAAAACUCCUCGACUCUCUUUCCGGCGUGCGACAUCCAGAACGUGUCGAGCUGUUAACACACUUCGAGCUCGUGGGAUGCUGGUAUGCACAGAGAUGGUGCGAGCAUCAUCGCAAAGCCCAUAUUGAGUGGUUUAAAGUCGACUUGGAAAGAGUGCGAACAGUUGCACGUCUCUGGUGCCGCUGGAUGCAGGAUGCCAACCCAUAUGACAGACGCGGCUGUCUCAAAGAUCAUUGGGCGGGACAUAUCAAGUUCUUGGUACAGCAUGACAAUCCAAUCACAGCCAAAGCGAUGGUGCAAAUUCAGAAAAUAGAAGAAGGAUCAGACGAGGUGUAUAAGUUCAUCGACGACAAGAUGCUGCGGAAGAAACAAGACGCUGUCGUGAAGGAGGAAGCCGAAGAAGAAUGA